CAGGGCAGCAGCAGGAGCUGGACUAUGAUUUCAGGUGUUUCUUCCUGCACCGCCCCCGACCAGCGCUGUACGACCGCAUCGCAGCCCGAGUGGAGGAGAUGGUGGUAGGCGGGGGGCUGCUGGAGGAGGCGGCGGGGCUGCUGCGGGCGGGGAUAAGGCCCGGGCAGAACAUGGCAAGCAAGGCGAUUGGCUACCGCCAGGCCAUGGAGUGGCUGGUGGGGUCCCGGGCGGCUGGGCGACCCGUGGGUCUGCCGGAGCUGUGCGCGCUGCAUGCCGCCAUCUGCCAGGCCACUCACAAGCUGGUUCGGGCGCAGAUGACGUGGUUCAGGGAUGACCCCAUGUACAAGUGGGUGGAUGUGGAGGGUCGUGGGGCGGAGGAGGUGGUGGAGGAGCUGAUGCAGGAGCUGGACAAGCCUCAACACGAGGGCGGCUGCGGUGACAGCGGGCGGCUGAGCAAGGCGGAGCAGAAGGCCGUCAUGCGACACAAACCCAAACUGCGGUUGCUCACAGAGACAGCAGCGGCGGGAGCCGCCGCUAAUGCUGCCGCUGCUGCCAAGGCCGCCGCCGCCGCCGCUGCGGCUGCUGCUGCGGCUGCUGCCGCUCCUACUCCCGCCGCGACCAACUUACCUACCAGUACUUCGGCUGAGGGUACUGAAGAGGGUGAGGUACCUGCCGCGCCGCCUCCUGCUGCUGCCCCAGCUGGCGGCCGGCCUCCUCGCACGAAGCCCAAGAGCAAGGCGGCGCUGGCGGCUGAGGCGGCAGCUGCUGAGGCGGCGGCAGCGGAGGAGGAGCUGCGACCGCUGCUGGUGCGGAUUAACGAGGUGCUGUUGCCGGG